AUGUCGACAUUUGGGCGCAUAACCAAUGCUCUUGUUUCCGAAGUCAACGAAAACAACAUAUCGCUCGCCACGCUGAAUUUCGAUUUCUCUCUGCUGAAAUUCGAUGCGCCCAAGGAAUUCCAGCCACUUGGCUCCGCGUUGUCGGGACGACGUCGUCGCGAGGCAGAGGAGGGUCUUCACUAUCGGACCGCACGUCGUCUGGGCGUGCUCUUUGAAGACCUCAUUCCGUCUACUCCCAAGCUGAUCGAAGCGUUCGGCAAGCGGGUCUUCUUGCUCACGUCGCAUUUUUGCUUUCCUGACAAGUUUACCAAAUCCAUGUUCUCGCUGGAUCUGGCUGCCAGCGUCUACAAGAAUCUCCCGGGUGCCUUGGAUUGGCGCCAACCGCUUUGUCUCUACGAUCUGCAUCCAGCCUUUGCAACCAUCGCGCGUAUCCCAAUAUUCAGGUCACCUCAGCCAAAGGCCCUGACCCUACAAGAGGCAUUCGCGUGCGUCGCGAAAUUCGAAUCCGGAACCAUCAACCUCGAGCCGGAAGACUUGAGCACCGCACUCGCUCUAUGCUCAGAAGACUCCAUCUUCGUCGCUGCCGUCGUCCUCUCCGACCCCUUCGACACGCCCGCGCCCAACGACAUACGAAGAAUCGCAGGCAAUAUCGGACAACCCGGUCUCAGCAUCCUCGUCGCCCCACAAGAACCCCAGAUCCGCAAGCCGUCAUUCGCCUUCAACGCGGUGGCGCACGAACCCUAUGGUUUUCUCCGCGAGAACAAUUUCUCUGGGACGUCGCUCCAUCUCCCCUUCACUGAGUGGAGGUUCCCCCUCGAGGCAAGCACCGAACGAGCCAUCGACCAAGACGUGAUGGUCGUGGAGUCUGUCAUCUCCGUCCUAGAUCGGGGCAAGUGGGUCGCUGAUCUAGACAUCAUGGGAAUCGACUUUGAAGGUGUCUCACGCAUCGUCAACAUAUGCAACAACAAAGACGAGCAUGCCGGUAUCAGCCACGACCCCAACUACGAUUAUUUUUCGGUGGACAAUUGGGACGAGCUGGUGGAUGCGCCUGAGGGAGUUGGCAUCUUCCGCGCUCACAGCAACUGGGCGGCUCGUCUCGCUGCUGUGAGUAUUAUGUCGCAGAAGGGGCAAGGCCAUAGUAUUGGGGUGUUUGGGUCCAACCGUGUGUGUUUCAAGUGUUUGGAGGAGGAAACGGGCUUCGCUGAGCCGCAUUUACUGGAUCAUGAGUCGCCUUUGCCGUCUUUUUGCAUUGACUAG